AUUGUGGACAGCUCGGUGUGACCGCUGGACAUCAUGUAUCGCAUUUCAAAUAUCUACGUCCUGGCUGCCUUCGGCACCAUUGGCGGUGCUUUGUUCGGUUUCGAUGUCAGUUCGAUGAGUGCUUGGAUUGGCACUGACCAAUAUCUGGAGUAUUUUCACCAUCCCGACUCGGACUUGCAGGGUGGCAUCACCGCGUCCAUGUCCGCUGGCUCCUUUGCCGGUGCCCUCGCGGCAGGAUUCCUCUCAGACAGAAUCGGGCGUCGUUACUCGCUCAUGAUUGCGUGUUGUAUCUGGGUCAUUGGCGCUGCCAUUCAAUGUAGUGCCCAGAAUGUGGCUCAUCUGGUGGCCGGGCGAGUGAUCAGCGGUCUGGCCGUUGGUAUCACUUCCUCCCAGGUCUGCGUCUAUCUAGCCGAAUUAGCGCCCGCCCGCAUCCGUGGUCGCAUUGUCGGUAUCCAGCAAUGGGCUAUCGAAUGGGGUAUGCUCAUCAUGUAUCUCAUUUCCUACGGAUGUGGAAAAGGACUGGCGGGAGCUGCCUCCUUUCGCGUUUCAUGGGGUGUUCAGGGUGUCCCUGCCCUCAUUCUGCUUGCUGCGCUACAGUUUUUCCCUGAGUCUCCUCGUUGGUUGGCGAGUAAGGAGCGCUGGGAGGAGGCUCUAGACGUUUUGGCCAUGCUUCACGCCAAGGGCGACCGUAACGACCCCGUGGUCCAAGUAGAAUUUGAAGAGGUGCGGGAGGCAGCACGCAUUGCCCAGGAGGCAAAGGAUAUCUCAUUCCUUUCGUUAUUCGGGCCCAAGAUGUGGCAGCGAACUGUCUGUGGUGUCAGCGCCCAAGUCUGGCAGCAGUUGCUGGGAGGAAACGUUGCCAUGUACUACGUUGUGUACAUCUUCAACAUGGCUGGAAUGUCUGGAAACACCACUCUAUAUUCAUCCGCCAUUCAGUACGUGAUCUUCUUGGUCACCACCGGGUCCAUCCUGCCAUUUGUUGAUCGCAUCGGUCGACGAAUUCUGCUCCUUACCGGAUCAGUUCUCUGCAUGGCCUGCCAUUUUACUAUUGCCGCUCUAAUGGCCACGCGUGGACACCACGUUGACUCCGUUGACGGCAAUGCGAACCUGAGGUGGUCAAUCACCGGCCCUCCGGGUAAAGGUGUCAUUGCUGUCUCCUACAUUUUUGUGGCCGUUUACGGUUUCACUUGGGCUCCUGUGGCGUGGGUUUAUGCGUCGGAAGUCUUCCCUCUGAAAUAUCGUGCGAAGGGUGUUGGUCUCGCGGCCGCCGGAAACUGGAUCUUCAACUUUGCCUUGGCUUACUUUGUGGCACCGGCAUUCACCAACAUCCAGUGGAAGACCUACAUUAUCUUCGGGGUGUUCUGCACUGUUAUGACGUUCCAUGUGUUCUUCUUCUACCCGGAGACGGCUCGCCGGUCGCUUGAGGAUAUUGACUUGAUGUUCGAGACCAAGCUGAGUCCCUGGAGGACGAGUCAGCUCCCUGAUCGGUUCGGGGAGGAGGUUGAGCGACAUCGGCAGAAGAGUGUUGGGGAGCACGAGAAGGAGAUUGUGUCGACACAUGAUGAAAUGGCGUGAUAAACUGCAUUGCUUUGUUGGGUCAGCGUUGAUAUGUACUAGAGGGACUGAUUGUUUGGAACCAUAGACAAAUCGUGAUCUAUCUAGAUUACAACUGAC